UCGAACAGUGCAAGUUUAUAUCUCAUCGCAGACUUGUAAGUCAGACGGGCCAGUUUCUCCUUUUCGGAAAUAUUUACCAACAUUUCACAAUUCUGGAUAGUGAAAUUGGUUUAUUUUAAAGUUGUAAAUUGACCUAAAUUUUUAAAGUAGGGUGUGCCGUAAAAGGGGGAAGAAAGUCAGAUUUUCACUUCAGUUUGAGUGGGGUGUGGAUUUGGUUUAGUUUUGGGAGAAAGCACGUAAAUUUAGUUUUUGAUUAUAAAGUGUCGCGAUUUAAAGUACUUAUCGGAAAUUGGACGACACAAACAGAUGGGAAACGAUAUUUGAAACAAUUCUACUAAAAGUGAGGAGUGGUCGUAGUUGUGUCUCGAUUUGUUUAUUGAUUUCUGUAUUGGCACUUGUGGCAGAUGGGAUUUUGCUCUUAAAUUGUGAACUUCGUUUUGCACAAGGUUGACCAAGGUGUUCUAAUUCUGAAGAUAAGUGAAGUUUGAAAAAUUGUCGGUGAUAAAUUGGUGGGAUUCGAAAAACUAAAGGAUUGGAGUUGGAUCUAAUACGAAAAGUGGUGGUGGUGGAGAGAGAGACGAAGCAGGUGGUUAAUAACUUAACUUUGUACGCUGAAAUCUCCCUGCGUGGGCGAAAACACUGCUAAAAAACGGCACCACACGACAUCAAGAUAGUCGGCUAACACGAUGCUUAAGAUGCCGUUGUUUGGAAAAUCACAGAAGAACCCGGCCGAGGUGGUGAAGGCAUUGAAAGAAGCCGUCACUGCGUUGGAGCGUGGUGAUAAAAAGGCAGAAAAGGCUCAAGAAGAAGUUUCAAAACAGUUGACGAACGUUAAAGGGAUUCUGUUCGGAUCGGCCGAUACGGAACAACAGACUGAGAUUUUGGUUGCCCAACUUUCCCAGGAGCUUUACAACAGCAAUUUGCUCCUUUUACUCAUCAACAACUUGUCUAAAGUUGAAUUUGAGGGGAAGAAAGAUGUUGCCCAAAUAUUCAAUAAUAUUCUGAGAAGACAUAUUGGUGCCCGUUCACCUACGGUGGAAUAUAUGUGCACGAAACCUGAGAUUCUAUUCACCCUCAUUUCAGGGUACGAACAUCAAGACAUUGCUCUGAAUUGUGGCACCAUGCUUCGAGAAUGUGCGAGAUACGAAGCGUUGGCGAAAAUCAUCGUGUAUUCCGAGGAUUUUUAUAAAUUCUUCAAUUAUGUGGAAGUGUCCACAUUUGAUAUAGCGUCAGAUGCCUUUUCAACCUUCAAAGAGUUGCUCACUCGGCAUAAAUUAUUGAGUGCAGAGUUUCUCGAAGCCAACUAUGACAAGGUUUUUAACCAUUAUCAGCAACUCCUAAACUCGGAAAAUUAUGUGACUCGUCGACAAAGUUUGAAGUUACUUGGCGAGUUGCUCCUUGACCGGCACAACUUCACCGUGAUGACCCGAUACAUUUCCAAUCCCGAUAACUUGAAGCUUAUGAUGAAUAUGCUGAAGGAAAAGUCGAGAAAUAUUCAGUUUGAAGCCUUUCAUGUGUUUAAGGUAUUUGUUGCCAAUCCCAACAAACCAAAGCCAAUAUUGGACAUCCUACUUCGCAAUCAAGAAAAACUGAUAGAAUUUUUAACAAAAUUUCAUGAAGACAGAUCCGAAGAUGAGCAGUUUAACGAUGAGAAGGCAUACCUCAUCAAACAAAUAAAGGAACUGAAACCUCUGCCGGAAUAACCUCGGGGACAGAGUUUAAUCAAAAUUAUUAUUAGUCUAUUAAUAAAUAUUUUAGAUCAUGAGUUUUAAUCAAUUCGUCGUCGUUGCCGUCGCCGUAAUUGGAAAUCGAGAUCGAGUAAAACGUAGGAAUUGUAACAAAAAUUGUAAAAUAAAACUGACUUUUUCAAGUGCGUGUGCAUGCAUGCAUGGAUAUAGCUAUUGUAUGGUAAUAGUCUGGUGAAGAUAAAAAAAAACGAGAGUCGAGUGUAAAUUAUUUGUGCUACCGAUUUUAGUGUAUUUACGAUGAAACGAUGAAAUACUAAUUUAUUAAGUAGCGAUGAUGAUAAUGUAAUUAACUAGUGGUGAUACUACUACCACUACUACUACUUGUAAUUAUAUGUAGCUACAAUCUAUUGAGUGAUAAUCUAUGUACUCUGCGGGAAUUGGAAAUGUGGAUAACGAAACAGUGUAAAACAUUCAUUAUCAUGAAGAAAAACGCGUGAAAAUACUUUUAGAUUCGGAUUCGUCGAAAGAGAACUGUGUAGAAGAAAAAACUACAUUAUUUUGCCUAUAAUUUAUGACUGAUUAAACAAACCCCUUCAAAAAUUUCCACGAGCCCAGUUUUAACUUUCUGUAAUGCGUAAUAAUUUAGCAGGUGAUUCAAUUAUGAUUUCCAUUUUAAGUGUAUUAUUCAAUCAACCCGACCCAAUAAUUACUUUUGUUGUAUUACUUUUAUUGAUUCCUCAUAUUCUAAUUCGAUACUUAUUCCAAUAUCUGGCUAAAUUUUGUGUGGUAAAUGAAUUAUUUGAUUAAUUAAAAAACAAUUUCCCUUUCU